AUGCUCCGAAGUAGCGUGAGCUCCCUACGACGCUUGGCCACCAAAGCAGAAGUCAUUGAUGAUGGCCUAGCCAGAAAAGUGUCCUCACUUAUCCAGAAAGAAGUCACAGAUCAAAAGAACAGAUUAUUUGCCGUUGUUUAUGUGAAUGGGCGUCAAUGGAAAGUUGGACAAGGUGAUCUAAUUUCAUUAGAAGGAAGCUUACCCUUAAGUGUCGGGGACAAGAUAAACUUAGAAAAGGUAUUGAUGGUUGGUGGAAACAACUUUUCCGUAUUUGGCCGUCCUAUGCUGGAUAGGUCAUCCGUUUCAGUUACAGCGACUGUUGUAGAAAAAAGCACUAAGAACCCAGAACUAAAGUACUACCAUAACAAUCAUUAUCAACAUAAGAAUGUGAACUGGCUCAGUAAAGAAACAACAGUUCUACGGAUCAAUGACAUCAACGCAAAUGAAAGUUUGACAACGGAAUGA